UGUGUUAUUGGCUGUGAAGAGUUAAAUUAGUGCGUACAGCCCCGCCUACUUCCCUGUCUGCCCAGAAGUACCGCUGCAACAGCUGAGGAAUAAAAAGACAAGGAAACAGUUCUAUAUAAGUAGUGGAAAUCUGAGAGAAGGAGCCGAGACAGUCACAGAUUCCAGGAACGCUGACGGACAAACAUGGCCUCUCUCACGUCCUUCAACCGCCGGCAGUGGGCGUCUCAGUCGCUGCGGGUCACUGCUAAGGAGCUGUCCAUCGUCUCUGCCCGCGGCAAAGCCACCGCUAUCGCAGAGCGCUUCUCCAAGUACCAGAUGGCAGCAGAGGAGGGUCAAGCAGAGAAGAUAAAAAUGGUUGCAGAGCCGCUACCAUCGACAUUGCUCAGUGGAAAUCUGAGUGUUUUAAAGAAACACUGGGAGCAGCAGCAGCAGGAGUCUCCGUCCAGCCACAGGGCCCAAGCUCAGAUUACACCCUGCAGACCUGUCAAGACCCAGACACAGCCCAGUCCAUCAACAGGCCCCAGAACUCCAUCAGAGUCCCAGCCUGAGCCACGUCCUCGGUUAGCGGACUCCAAGAUCAGUGAAUCGACCCCCAACAAUCAGCUGGCGGAUCUGGCAGACAUGGAUCCGGGCAGAGCAGCGGAGGUUCUGGAUUGUGAGAAGCCAAGUGUUUCUCUAAACAGCCUCAAAAGGAUGUUCGAGAAGGAUAACCAGCUGGAGAAGGAGUCCAGAGAGCAGACUAGUAAAGGAGCAGGUGGUAACGCAGCCAACAUGGAUCAGCUGCUAGGAGAUGAAGGUCUUGCUGAGUCUGCUCCUCUGCGGGACAGAAUGGCCCUUUACGAAGCCGCCGUCUCCAAACAGGAAGUCCUUCCAUCAUCGAAUGAUCACUUGGACGGUUUCAUGCUGAAGCAGAAAGAGAACGUCAUCCCGUUAAUGCUGGACCCAAGUUUUGAAUCAGAGCUAAACAGCAGGAAAAAAGAGAGCAACGGCUCUGCUACUGGCACCAUGUCGCCCUCUGGUCAGAAAGACGCUGCUGAGCCCAGGACUCCCAAAAACUUGCGUCUACCUGUGAGGGAAACAUGUGUGACGUGUCUGAAAACGGUUUAUCCUCUGGAGAGGCUGGUGGCCAAUCGGCAGGUUUACCACAUGUCCUGCUUCCGCUGCUCGCACUGCAACACCAAGCUCAGUUUGGCAAACUACGCCUCCCUGCACAACCUCAUCUACUGCAAGCCACACUUCUCCCAGCUCUUUAAGGCCAAGGGCAACUAUGACGAGGGAUUUGGUCACCGGCCUCACAAGGAGCUGUGGGAAGUUAAAGGAGAGGAUGGUAAGACCUCACCAGAGGUCACUCAGGCCAAACCACAUGUCCUGAGCUCUGCAUCAGCUUCUGUUUCAGAGCUGGAGAGUCCCUGCGUGGAGGACUCCCCUCUGGCUAAAGUCAACGUGCUGAAAGCCACGAUGGAGGCUCUGGAACAAGAGUCGCCAGAGAAAACCAGCAGACCCACAGAGACCCACAGGCUGAAAAUCUCAUGGCCGCCGCUGACAGAGCUGGAGGACAGCCACAGUAAAGUCAAUUUGAGCACAGAGGGGUUUUCUGCCAGUAAGCCCAUCAGAGCAAAGUGGCCGCCAGCAGAGAACUCCCCCUCUACUGACACAGAGCGGAGCGUGGCCGGUCAAUCUGCUCCCCAGGCCAGAAAACUAAGUUCACCACCUCUUGUUGGUGACGGAAAGCUCAUGAGAACUAACCUGCAGCACCAGACAACCACAGAGGACAGCUGUGUAGACAUGCAGAGUGAAGACUGCACAGAUCACUAUCUCUCUGAGGGGGAAAGCAGCCCAGCUGGACGGACUGAGUGGGAGGAGGAUGGUGGCACGUUGGAAAGAGAGACGGAGACGCCAGCGGAGUCUCCAGACGUUCUGUCUCCUGAUUUCGGGGUGGAGGCCAACCUGUCGCCUCAGCACGGUGGGUCCUGUGAGAGUGAGACGGACAACACAGAGGUAGAACAAGACGUCCUGACCGUGGAGGAAAUGAUCAAACGAAACCGACACUACGAGGAGGAGAACGUUUGAGUCUCUGCCCUUAGCCAAGGGCCAUGCGGGCUCUUGGUGCCAUGCCUCUUUUGUCACAUUCCUUCUCUUGUUAAGCGACUUGCUCUCAUCUGACUGAACUUAUUUCUUCAAGAUGCCUAUUUUAACAAGCACUGGAGAGGGUUUUACUGCCACUUUUUUUUUUUUAUCUAAAAGGUUAACUGAUCUCAUGGCUAAGAGCAGGUGUUCUAUCAGGUUUUAUUGGUGUGAAAAUAGCCUUUUUUGUUUUUAAGUUUUGUUAGUUUUUAUUUGUUUCUAUGGAUAAUUCACCCAUUGCUUCCUUCUGUCUACAACAUAAAUACAGACGUUUUGGUUAGAAGCCUCAAACUGGGUCUUAAUAUUAUAUUUUUAAAUGUAAUUGUGAUCAAUUACCCUGAACUGCUACCAUUUAAAUAAAACAUUACAUUAGA